AUGUCAAUCAAUGCCGCGACUGAACGCCCCUUUACUACAUAUACAACACACGUAUCCAAUGGCAACAUACGCUAUACCCCCACUCAUACGGCGUACGUCUUAUACGAAUUGAAGAUGACGAAUCCCAAAGGUAUCCGUCGGGGGACGCGCUAUAUGUUCGCGCGUAAGUUCAAGCGUCACGGCGUCGAGCAUUUGUCCACAUUUCUGAAGGUGUAUAAGAGGGGAGACAUUGUGGACAUCAAAGGCAACGGCGCCUUCCAGAAGGGGAUGCCCUAU